AAAAAUAUAAAAUAUAUUAAUAACAAUUUUUCGCUGUACAUUUACGACAGACUAGUUCCAACCCCAGAAAUUUGGUUACGGGAAAUUAUUUUCGGGUUGCUUCAAAUUAUAUAGUUGAGGCGAUAUUUCUGUAGCUUGUUUCGCACCCUUUAAGACCAGAAAUUGGGUUACUUGUUCCCCCGAGACUCAUACCGUUUGGGCCUUGAAUUUGAGCCUCCAUAAAAAGGUGUUAGUCGCGGGACAGGCCAAUUACCGUAAUUGUGGGGACCACGAAAAAAAAAAAAAAAAAAACGCCACAUCACACAGGCAUUACGAGCAGAUACUUGGCCCUAAGAGGGCGUAUACUUGAUGUACGCGACACAGACAGAGGCGGCACGCACAGGAUUUCCAAUGAAAGCACUUCGAUUAAUCACUUCGAAGGACUAAAUAAUUCAGAGCAAGCCAUUGCCAUGCAAAUUGCAUUUGGAGACAGAAUGAAUAAAAGAAUAAAUGCAUUCGAUAGCAGGAGAAGUGAAUCAAUCAGGUCUCUCGCGCUAGCUAAAAAGUGCAAGCAGUUCACAAAGUUCAAAGUUCAAACGAGAAUGUCAAAGAACGGGAUAAGAAUUUCUUUGAGAUUUUCUCUCAGAGAUUUUUUAAUUGAAGUCCCAGCAGCACCCAAAGCCAUAAAGCAAGGUGGCAGAUGGUUUAAGGUCAGACCACGGGUAAUUUAAAUUGCAAAUAGCAAAAAGGCUAAGAGGGAAAACGCUUUAAGGAAAAGAUAGAUUUAUCAAAGCGGAAUGAGUACCGCAAGAAAGUCCUUUCUAUCCAUUGAUAGACGCUACUUGGCCUUGUCAUUUAUCAAUGUGUCACUUAGCGAGAGUUCUCAGGUCACGUCUAAUGAUUUGGCUUUGUGUCUGUCAGCGAAAGUUAAAGUCAAUAAAUUUCCUUUACUCUUCUGAUUUGGCUUGCCCAAAUCAGUCACUCUUUUUGGGAUAUUCAACAGUCUGUGACUUCCGUAACGACAGAUUUAACAGAUUUCCUAUCCCGCAGUGAACAUGAAUUUGCAAUUAAAAAGCAAUCAAAAUGAACAAAGCCAUUGAAAACCACGGAGAACCUUAAAUAAUGUAUGAAUUUACAAUUGAAUUUCGGGAUUAACAACAAGCAAAUUCCCGUCAAUUCAUGCAUUUUAAUUAAUUGCGUAAAUUGAAAAUGGAAGCUGAAAAUAAUGUAAACAGAAAGAAAAGGGGAGCGGAGACCUUUAAGUGAAAAGUAGUAAUGCCAUGUCAAAUAAUAAAAAGUGUAAAAAAUAAAAAAAAAAACAAGGCUUAAUGACAAAAUGAGGGCACAAUGUCGGCUCUAUCAGCCACAUCCAUUUCCUACGCCGGUGCCAUUUCUGCUUUUCAAGGCUAUGGCCGUUAGGGCAAUAAAUUUAUUAAAUGGCCAAAGAACACACACACAAUGGGCGGACGGGCAACAGCACCCACAUGGCCGGCAACAAAAAAAUCAUGUUAAACAAGCUAUAAAUAAGUGUGUGUGCCAACGUAUGCAUGUGUAUGUGUACAUGCGUUCUGUCCUCAAUUGCGUGUUCAAACAACAAAAUUAAUUGCCCAGCCAGGGCAAUCAAUUUUGAUUAAAGUUGAAGUAGAACUUCAAGCUAGUAGAGUGCUGGCAUUAAAGUGUGAUAUUCUCUUUUAGAGAAACAAAAACUAAAGGGUCCAGAGUUAAAUCCAUAACCAAACUAUCCAUACAUAUCAGUAUAACCAUCCAGAGUUCGCAAAAUGCAAGGCAAUUUGACAAAGUGAUCGAAACGUGAAAUUAAAUAAAGUGCUUCGAGCCGCGGUCAUUCGAGCCAAUGGAUCAUCUAUUAUGCAAUAUGGCGGGCAACAGUCGCAAUUCGUCCUACAAUUGUCUCUCCUCGUGGGACUCCUAUGAUCGAAUACCCAGAGUUCGUGUGGAGUACUAUGUGAACGAAAACACAUUUAAAGAAAGACUGCAACUCUAUUUCAUUAAGAAUCAGCGUUCAAGCCUGCGCAUACGAAUCGCCGAUUUAUUCCUUAAGUUACUGUCGUGUGUUCUCUACAUAAUACGUGUGAUAUUGGAUAAAAAUCCAACAUUUAUAACAUGCUAUGGCUGCGAAGUGGGCAAUAAGACGGAGUUCAUCAUCUCGGCCAAACUGACGGAGGAGGAGUUCCAGGAGAAUCCCAUCAUCAACUGGGACGCCAUACUCUGGGUGAAUCGGCCAACUGUGCUCUGGGUCCUGCAGCUGCUUCUAGCCAUGGUGUCGCUAACGCAAUCCUUGGUUCUCACAUAUCUAGGCUAUAAGGGCAACAUCUGGCAGCAGAUACUCUCAUUUCACUUUAUACUAGAAUUAGUAACGACAAUACCCUUCGCACUCACAAUUGUUCAUCCUCCACUGCGGAAUCUCUUCAUUCCCAUUUUCCUCAACUGCUGGCUGGCCAAAAGAUCGCUGGAGAAUAUGUUUAAUGACCUCCAUCGGGCCAUGCAAAAGUCUCAGUCAGCUCUCUCCCAACAGUUGACCAUACUAUCAGCCACAUUGCUGUGUUUAGUCUUCACGAGCGUUUGUGGUAUCCAGCACUUUCAGCGCGCUGGCCAUCGACAUUUGAAUCUCUUUCAGAGCACUUACUAUGUGGUUGUGACCUUCUCCACGGUGGGCUAUGGUGACUUUGUCCCGGACAUUUGGCCAUCGCAGCUCUAUAUGGUCAUCAUGAUUUGUGUCGCCCUCAUUGUGCUGCCCACGCAGUUCGAGCAGCUGGCCUUCACGUGGAUGGAGCGCCAAAAGCUGGGCGGCAGCUAUAGUUCACAUCGCGCUCAAAGUGAGAAGCAUGUGGUGGUGUGCUCCACCACCCUGCAUGCGGACACCAUCAUGGAUUUCCUCAACGAGUUCUACGCCCACCCGCUGCUGCAGGACUUCUAUGUGGUUCUGCUCAGUCCCAUGGAGCUGGACACGACGAUGCGGAUGAUCCUGCAGGUGCCCAUUUGGGCGCAACGCGUCAUCUACAUUCAGGGAUCCUGUCUGAAGGAUGGUGACUUGGCACGCGCUAGAAUGAACGAGGCGGAGGCUUGCUUUAUCCUGGCUGCCAGAAAUUAUGCGGACAAAACGGCCGCCGAUGAGCACACCAUCCUACGUUCCUGGGCUGUCAAGGAUUUUGCACCGAAUGUACCGCAGUAUGUGCAGAUUUUCAGACCUGAGCACAAGCUGCAUGUGAAGUUCGCGGAGCACGUGGUCUGCGAGGACGAGUUCAAGUACGCCCUGUUGGCCAACAACUGCACCUGUCCCGGCGCCAGUACAUUGGUCACCCUGCUGCUCCACACAUCCCGCGGACAGGAGGGCCAGCAGAGUCCAGAGGAAUGGCAUCGACUGUACGGCAAGUGCUCCGGGAACGAGAUCUACCACAUUGUCCUAGGCGACAGUCGAUUCUUUGGCGAGUACGAGGGCAAGAGCUUCACCUACGCCAGUUUCCAUUCGCAUCGCAAAUAUGGUGUGGCCCUGGUGGGCGUGCGUCCGGCGGAGCUGCCGGAAUUCUACGAGGAGACCAUUCUGUUGAAUCCGGGACCCAGGCACAUUAUGAAAAAGGAUGACACGUGCUAUUACAUGAGCAUCACCAAAGAGGAGAAUUCCGCCUUUGUCGUUAAUCAAAAUCAAACAUCGGACCCGACGGCAGCUGGCAAAGAUGGGGGCGGGUCUGGAGGCGGUCCCUCCUCGUCCGUCUCCACCCACCCCGCUGCUGCAACUGCCAGCGAUAAUCCGACGGCUGUGAUAAUCUCGGACUCCAGGCAGAACCUCAAGGACACUACGGUGACCCAGACGGCGGCGACGAUAACCACAACGACCCUGCCGCCUCCAUCCCAGACAAUGGGAUCCCCGAGCAUGGCCGGUGGUUCGGGUGGUGGUGGAGGCCUUGGCUUGGGUAGUGCCCACAGUAUGGGCACAUCGCUCAGUAUCACACCAGCCACACUGACCACCACGGGCAAUCACCUAGACGUGCCCUUUGCCAACAAUCCCAACCUGCUCAGUCCGGAUGUGCUCAACCAGCGGAGGGGUAGUAGACGUCCCUCGAUCCUGCCCGUGCCCGAUAUGUUCACCUCCUCCUCGUUCAGCAUCGCUGGCAAUGACGAUGGUGAGGAGGGGGACGAGAGUGAUGAUGAGAUCGAUGACGAGAUGCCCUGGCGUUCGCCAUCCGAGAAGAUUGCCAUCGUCAAGGGUUUUCCGCCCGUGUCACCCUUCAUUGGCGUGAGUCCUACGCUGUGUUACCUGCUCAAAGAGAAGAAGCCCCUCUGCUGUCUGCAGUUGGCUCAGGUCUGCGAGCACUGUAGCUAUCGGAAUGCCAAGGAGUAUCAGUGGCAAAACAAGACCAUCAUCCUGGCCGCGGAUUAUGCCUCCAAUGGCAUAUACAACUUCAUCAUCCCGCUGAGAGCUCAUUUCCGAUCGAAAACCUCGUUGAACCCCAUCAUACUGCUCCUGGAGAGAAGGCCAGAUGUGGCCUUCCUAGAUGCCCUCUCAUACUUUCCUUUGGUCUACUGGAUGCUGGGCUCAAUCGACUGUCUGGACGAUCUGCUGAGAGCUGGCAUCACUUUAGCUGAAAGUGUGGUGGUGGUCAACAAGGAGCUUUCCAACUCAGCUGAAGAAGAUUCCCUCUCCGACUGCAACACCAUUGUAGCCGUUCAGAAUAUGUUUAAAUUCUUUCCCAGCAUCAAGAGCAUCACCGAGCUGUCCCAAAGUUCCAACAUGAGAUUCAUGCAGUUCCGGGCCCACGACAAGUAUGCCCUUCAUCUCAGCAAAAUGGAGAAGCGCGAGAAGGAGCGCGGGUCGCACAUCUCCUACAUGUUCCGGCUGCCGUUCGCCGCAGGAGCCGUGUUCAGUGCCUCCAUGUUGGACACCCUGUUGUACCAGGCCUUCGUGAAGGACUAUGUGAUUACCUUUGUGCGGUUACUGCUGGGCAUUGACCAGGCCCCAGGCAGUGGAUUUCUGACCUCGAUGCGCAUCACCAAGGACGACAUGUGGAUACGCACAUACGGAAGACUUUAUCAGAAGCUGUGCUCGACCACCUGCGAAAUACCGAUUGGUAUUUACCGCACGCAGGACACUUCGAAUGCGGACACGUCUCAUGUGAGUAACUCGCCGGUCGAGAGAUGGGGACCCUUCUCGGCCUUCAGCAGGCAUUGUGUGCGGUUGCGUCCAUCGUACGACGAGGAGACCGGCACGCCCGACUCGACGAAGGACUCCACGGAAAUGCUGCGCGGGGUCACCUAUCGUCCGCCGGGGUCGGCAACAGGUGGCGCCAGCAGCUUCCGGCCUCAAACGCAGCGUCAGCGGUCGGUCAACUGCCUGGGCGGUUGCUCGGAGCGCAAGGGAUCAUCCUAUUCCAUCAACCUGGCCGACGAGGCGAGGGACAACCAUGCUCAGCAGAUCGAGCGCGCCGAGAUCGCGAAUCUAGUAAGAAGUCGUAUGGAGUCUCUGAAUCUGCCGACCAUCGACUACGAUGAUGUGAGCGAAAAGCGCAACCACCUGUCCUAUGUGAUAAUCAACCCGAGCUGUGAUCUCAAACUGGAGGAGGGCGAUCUCAUAUACCUGGUGAGGCCUUCACCGUUCUCGGCGCAAAAGACCUUCGAGCGACACAACUCGCGCCGCAAAUCGAACAUCUCGUUCUGCUCGAACAUUAACCUGGGUGCCACGUGCGGUCCCCAGAUGCCGCAGAUGAACAUGAACAUGGCCAACACCGCCGUCGGGGCUGGAUCGCGUCGAGGAUCCGGCAUCGCCGGCUUGAACCCCAUGCAAAUGCAAAGCGUUCAGACGUUGGCCGGGUAUGGAUCAUCCUCGCAACGCUGUAGCCCCCCGAUGCAGCAAAUUAAAUCGAAUUCUCUUUCUCUACCCGACAGUCCGACGGUGGUUGGCAAUCAGCGUGGACGGAGUAACUCAUUGCGGAUCGACAACGAUAUCCUGCUCCGUCGAUCCUCGUCCCUGCGACAGGGCCUUCCCAGCGUCGGCGUCAGCCACGGCCGGAGAAAGUCGUCGCUGGAGGAGAUCGGCAUAAGUCACUUCACUACCCUCAUGCAGGCAACGAACCAUAGCAAUCCCAUUAAGAUAUCCCUAAACGGUAGCAUUGGCAUGGAGAACCAAAUCUCCUUGCAGGUAACGCCGCCCGAGGAGCCCACACCCAUGUUGGGUGUUCCUUGUGUGGUUGGCGGAGGCGGUGGUGGUGGCAUCAAUCCAUCUGGAGCAGGUUCCUCCACCGGUGGCAUGCUAGGCGGCGGCUCCUCAUUGGCCAUUAAUACUGCUGACCUAGGACCCGGACCAAGUACUUCUUCAGGGGCAAGUGGAUCACUGCAGCCACAGGAUUCGCUGGGACAGCAGUCAUCUCAAGUGUCAUCGCCACAACAUUUGCAGGGAACGAUCGUAUGAUACAACCUGAUGUGGGGGCGCCGACUCCGCUCCUCCAUGUCGAAAAACAAGUGGAUAUAGAACACGGCCAGCACACACAGACACACCCGUAGAGAUAAGUUCUAGGCAGAGCGAAAGUAUUAGGAACCCAACCAACUAAACCCACCCACCCCAAAAAGGCUGUCUGUGGUGUGUGUUCCCGGUGAAUAGUAAUCCAUUUCGAGUCCCAUUAAGUUAGUAUCGUAAGUUCAAUUGUUCACUAGGGAGUGGCGCGUGCUUAUCAGUUUUUCCCUAGGGAUUAUAUAGAUCUAUAUAUAAUAUAUAUAUUGUAUAUUGCAUAUUUUGCAAUUAGUUUUAAGCUAUGAAUAUGUCGGCUUUGCACAAAGAAAGCCGCGGCAAAUUGUGUUUUGGGAACAACAAAUGUAGUUAAACUAUUGGUUAGGUGGGACGAUGAUUUAGCAAACUGUAAAACUGUAUAUAUCUGAUGCCUAGUUCUAAGCAUAUCCCCGAGGAGCAGCCAGACAUAGCAAACUAUCAAAUAGAUCAGGCUUAAAUGCUAGAAACCAUGUAAAUACCUUAGGUAUGACCAUUUAAUUGGGCUUCAGCUCGGUUUAGCUUCCCCUUACCAUUGGGAGGAACUUCCCCGUGACCCACAUAAACCCCAUAUAGAUACAUAUAUGAAGGUGCUAUCAAUGUCUUGUACUAUACACACACACACACACUCAAACUCAGAUCCACAACUACUAGUAAUGUUUUACACAAUUAUAGGAAAGUUAGAAGGCGAUAAACAAGCCAAGAAAGUGAAAUGGUUUUCAUAACAUAAAUUGGAACGGGCUUUGGUAUACUCUAAUGCUUUACAAAAAAAAAAAACAACAACAAAUAUGUAUACAUACAUAUAUAUAUAAAACAAGGAAAUCAAAGAAUUUGUAUAUAAACUAUAUAUGUAAGAACCAAAAAUGCAUUCAAAAGUAAAACAAAACGAAAAACAAACUAUUAGAACCUAAUGAAAGAAACUUAAUUCGAAAAACAACAGAAUCUAGAAUCUAGAAUCUAGAAUCUAGAGCUAGAGUUUAGAUUUAACUAAUUAAGGCUAGUUUGGACCGAGGAUCGAAUAUCGGCAACUGUACCAAAUUCAAUGAGCUAUAUGAACCAGCGUUCGCGGCUAACACAACCUUGUAGCAUAGUGUCAGGCGACGCACAUACCAAGUCCCUCUCAAACUCAAUUCGAUCCCAGCUAUAUAGGCUCCUUAGAAAGUAGCUAAUGCAAACAAUGUACCUACACAACAACAUAACACAUACCAUAUACCAUAAAAAAAAAAAAAAAAAAACCAAAAAAAAAAACACAUCAACACUCACUUAAAAAUGUUAGUUAAUGCACUUAUGGCAGUUUUAUAAGAAAAUUUUAGUCAACGAUGACGAUGAUGAAAUGCAUUCCAGUGUCUCGAGAGAAUAACUAGUUAAGCUUAUGCCUAGCACCCCAGAAACCUAUUUAUAUAGAUCUGUACGAGUAUACUGCUGUAACUGUAUAACUGCAACCACAUAAGCCACAUAGAUCAAAUCGAUGUCUCAAUGUACAAAAGUAGUUAACUAAACCGCAAAUGGGCAUUGGCUGCAGCAUUAGAGAUACAUUUAGUGCGGACUAGGGUAUAAACUUGCUGUAAUAUUUAUCGGCGCCCA